GAUUUUCGCACCAAAAAUAGGGUUCUACACGGAAUUUUAUUCUUGUUAUACUUGUUUACCGAAAAGCAGGAAAAAUGGCGGACAAAGAUAAAGAUUUAGAAGAUAAUGAAGUAAUAACCAUUGAAAACGAUGAAGUUGUUAAUAAAUAUAAAAUGGCAGCUGAAGUUUCGAAUUGCGUGCUCAAAAAGGUGGUUGAAUCCGCUGUGGAUGGAGCGAAAAUUAUUGAUCUUUGUGCAAAAGGCGAUAAUUUAAUUGAAGAGAAUGUAAAACUUCUCUUUACAAAAGCAAAAAAUAUUACCAAAGGUAUUGCAUUUCCAACUUGUGUAUCAGUGAAUCAUAUUAUUUGUCAUUUUUCUCCAUUACCGUCCGAUCCGGAUAGUUCAGAAGUUUUAAAGAAUGGAGAUGUGGCAAAAAUUCAGUUGGGAACACAAAUCGACGGAUUUGCAGCAAUCGUAGCCACUACAAUUGUUGUUGGAGCAUCAAAGGAGAAUCCUGUUAAAGGGCGCAGAGCGGAUUUAUUGACAGCUGCUCAUUUAGCUUCUGAAGCUGCACUGAGAUUGAUAAAGCCUGGUUCGGGCAAUAUGAAAGUUACUGACACAAUACAAAAAAUUGCUAAAGCUUUCGAUACGAAUUCUGUGGAAGGUAUGUUAUCGUAUCAACAAGAAAAAAAUAAUAUUGAAGGUAAGAAGCAAAUCAUUCUCAAUCCGAAUGAAAAUCAGAAAGUUGAUAAAGUAGAAUUUGGUGAGAACGAAGUAUAUGGUGUUGAUAUAUUGAUCUCUACUGGUGAAGGAAAGCCUAAACCAACAACUAAACGUGUUACAGUGUAUAAAAAAACCGAUAUAACUUAUUUAUUGAAGUUGAAAGCUUCUCGUCUUGUAUAUAAUGAGAUUAGUCAAACAUUUGGAAGCUUUCCAUUUCCUUUAAGAGCUCUGAGUGAUGAAAAAAAAGCUAAGAUGGGCAUAAUUGAAUGUACUAAACAUUCGUUAGUAGCUCCAUAUGAAGUUUAUCAAGAAAAAGAAGGAGAAUUUGUUGCACAAUUCUUUAGUACAAUUUUAUUAACUAAAAAUGGAACUAGUAUAAUCACUGAUACCUUAUAUGACCCAGAAACAGUUCAAAGUGAUAAAAAAUUAGAAGAUGAAGAAAUUUUGCAAUUACUAUCUACUAGUGUUGGCAAACCGAAGAAAAAGAAGAAAAAGAAAGCAAAUACUGCUUCAACUGCUGCUGGAAGUGAUAAUACUAUCAAAGAAGAAGUUGUAUCAACUGAGGUAUCAGCUGAAGCAAGUGGUUAAUGGAUUUUUUUAUUUCGUAUCGGAGUAUCAGUAAAUAAUAGUUCAGAGGUGAUUAUAGUUUUGUUUAUAUUUACUCUUUUACUAAUGUAAGUGUAGAUAAUGCUUUGCAUGAAGUAAGUUAUUACAUGUUAAUAAAGUGUAAUAAUUCAAGUAUUUAUAAAUCAU